AUGGUUGAUCAUGAGGAAGAACAAGAUCGGUUACUGCCAAUUGCAAACGUGGGGAGGAUCAUGAAGCAAAGUCUUCCCCAAAGAGCAAAAGUUUCCAAGGAAGCCAAGCAAAGGAUGCAAGAGUGUGCAACGGAGUUCCUAAGUUUUGUAACGGGCGAGGCUUCUGACAAGUGUCACAAAGAGAAUCGAAAGACGGUGAAUGGAGACGACAUCUGUUGGGCUCUGAGUGCUUUAGGAUUUGAUAACUAUGCUGAGGCUACAACAAGGUACUUGCACAAGUAUAGGGAAGCUGAGAGACAGAGAUCAGCUGCUAACCAAAGCAACAUUAAUAUAAUUACUAGCUCAUCCAGCCAAUUAGAGAUCAGAGAAGGAGAUCAGCCUAUGUAUUUAAGUGGAACUCAGCCUCCAAAUCUGGAGUUUAGGAUUCUUGAGAAGGGUGACAGCUCCUUUGCCAAGCCGUCUUGAAGCUCAGUACUAUGAUUACCAUGUUAAU